AUGUCCGAGGGCUCUCAAAAAGAUAUUACCAUCAUUGGCGGCGGCAUCAUCGGCUGCAGCGCCGCCUAUUACUUGACCCGGCACCCGUCCUACUCGCCCGAAACCCACCGCAUCACCUUGGUCGAAGCGUCCACAUCUAGCUCCGGCGGUCGGACGAAAGACAGCAUCAGCGACCCGGCGACUCUCGCCGACCCCAAUACCAAGUGGAAACGGAAUCCGGCCCACGACGGCAUUGCUGGUGGGGCUAGCGGAAAGGCUGGCGGCUUGCUUGCGUUAUGGGCGUUUCCGUCAAACAUCGUGCCUUUGAGCUUCAGGCUGCACGAAGAGCUGGCCAAGGAGCACGACGGCGAGAGGAGAUGGGGCUAUCGCCGAUGUUACGCCAGCCAGGUCGAAUGCCGUGCACGGCUGCCGCCCGGCUUCAGUAGCGACGAGAGCAAGAUAACGGCGGCGGACGCCGAGACCGCGCCAUCCAAGGGCUUGCACAAGGACCACAAAACGGCCAUCAAGGCGCUGAAGAAAAUCGGAGCACCGGAAGACCUGGAUUGGCUGGAUACAGAACAGGCACUCGUUGCAUAUGAAGGCAUGGGUACGCCAAACAACACUGCACAGGUACAUCCGGAGUUGUUUACCAGGAGCAUGGCCCAGCUAGCCGAGGAGAAGGGUGUCAAGAUCGUUACGGGUGCGCGAGUGACAGCCAUCAACUACAGCAAAGGCGGAGACAGCGUCGAAAGUGUCACAUACGAAAAAGAAGGAAACUCUGAGACUCUUCCCACAACCGACUGCGUGGUGGCAGCUGGUCCGUGGACGUCGCGAUUGCUGCCAAACGUCCCCGUCACUGCCUCCAGGGCGCACAGUGUAGUUAUACAGACCCCGACACCCGUCUCGGCGUAUGCGCUAUUCACAUCCAUCGCAUUACCCUCCGGGUUUCCUACGCCAACUCCGGAAAAGGCGCGAGGCUCCAAGGCAGCGCAGGGUCCACUGAAGAGGUCUCAGGUCGUCGAGCCCGAGAUCUACGCACGCCCGGAUGGCACAGCUUAUGCCUGUGGACCAACAGACCAGACGGUAAAGCUACCACUGACGAAUGCCGAGGUGGAGGUCGAUGAAGCGCGCUGUGACGACAUCAUCAGUCAGGUGGGCGGCAUCAGUGACGAGCUGGGAAGAGAUGGGAAGGUUCUCGCAAAGCAGGCCUGCUACUUGCCUCAGGGCGGCCCAUGGAUUGGCCCGGUUGGUAACACGAGAGGAUUGACCGUCGCUGCAGGACAUACAUGCUGGGGCAUCCAGAACGCCCCGGGCACAGGCAAGCUGUUGAGCGAGAUCGUAUUUGACGGUGCGGCAAAGAGCGCCAGGCUUGGCGGGUGUGAUCCCUCAAGGGCCUUGUGA